AUGCAACAGCACCACACCACCCCACCACAACACCAUCACGCGGCACCACACAACCACUCCACCAAGCCACCACACCACUACACCACCACACCGCCGAUCCACCACACCUCCAAUCCACCACACCAUCACGCCACCACGCCACCACGCCACCAUGCCACCACGCCACCACGCCACCACGCCACUACGCCACCACACCACUUCACCACCACACCGCCAAUCCACCACACCUCAAAUCCACCACACAAUCACGCCACGACACAACCACGCCACCACACCACUACGCGGAACUGCGCAACCACUCCACCAAGCCACCACAUCGCAACACCACCACACCGCCACACCGCCACACCACCACACAUUCACACCAUCACGCUACCUGACAACCACUCCACCAAGCCACCACACCGCCACACCACCAUACAACCACUCCACCAAGCCAUCACACCACCACGCCACCACACCGCCACACCGCCACACCGCCACACCGCCACAUCACCACACAACCACUCCAUCAAGCCACCACACCUGAAUCCUACAUCGAUGCCAACAUUGAUUCCUAUAUUGGAUCCUACAUCGAUUCCUACAUUUAUUCCCCCAUUCAAUCCUACAUUCAAUCCUACAUUGGAUCCUACACUGUACAUUGAUUCCUACAAUUAUUCAUACAUUGAAUCCUACAUUGAUUCCUACAUCGAUGCCAACAUUGAUUCCUACAUCGAUGCCAACAUUGAUUCAUACAUGGAUUCCUACAGUGGAUUCUACAUUGAUUCCUACUUGGAUGUCAACAUUGAUUUCCUCAUUGAUUCCCACAUCCUUUCCAACACUGAUUCCCUCAUUGAUUCCUACAUUGGAUCCUACAUUGAUUCCUACAUUGAUUCCUACAUUGAUUCUUACAUUGAUUCCUACUUUGGAUCUUACAUUGAUUCCUACAUUAAUUCCUACAUUAAUUCCUACAUUGAUUCCUACAUUGAUUCCCACAUUGAUUCCUACAUUGGAUCCUACAUUGAUUCCUACAUUGAUUCCUACAUUGAUUCUUACAUUGAUUCCUACAUUGGAUCUUACAUUGAUUCCUACAUUAAUUCCUACAUUAAUUCCUACAUUGAUUCCUACAUUGAUUCCUGCAUUGAUUCCUACAUCGAUGUCGACAUUGAUUCCUACAUCGAUGUCAACAUUCAUUUCCUCAUUGAUUCCCACAUCCUUUCCUACACUGAUUCCCACAUUGAUUCCUACAUUGGAUCCUACAUUGAUUCCUACAUUGGAUCCUACAUUGAAUCCUACAUUGAUUCCUACAUUGAUUGCUACAUUGAUUCCCACAUUGAUUCCUACAUUGGAUCCUACAUUGAUUCCUACAUUGAUUCCUACAUUGAUUCCCACAUUGAUUCCUACAUUGGAUCCUACAUUGAUUCCUACAUUGAUUCCUACAUUGAUUGCUACAUUGAUUCUCACAUUGAUUCCUACAUUGGAUCCUACAUUGAUUCCUACAUUGAUUCCCACAUUGAUUCCCACAUUGAUUCCUACAUUGAUUCCUACAUUGAUUGCUACAUUGAUUCCUACAUUGAUUCCCACAUUGAUUCCUACAUUGAUUCCUACAUUGAUUCCUACAUUGAUUCCCACAUUGAUUCCUACAUUGGAUCCUACAUUGAUUCCUACAUUGAUUCCCACAUUGAUUCCUACAUUGGAUCCUACAUUGAUUCCUAA